GGGGGCGCAUGCGUAGCGGCGGAGCGGCUUAGAAGGUGGGGAAGCAGGAGUCAGGUGAAGGAUUGAUACAAAUCAUGGAUGACGCAGAAGAGGAUUACAUGUCUGAUUCCUUUAUUAAUAUUAACCAGGACAUCAGGCCAGGAAUGCCGAUGUUGAGACGUGUGAAGGAAACUUUUAAAAAAGAGGAAAAACAAAAAGAAGCUAACCAGAAAAGUAGGCAAAAGAGCAUAAAAGAACAAGAGAAAGAGCAACGUGAAAUGGUUUUAAAUGUUGCUUUGGGAAACGAAAAUAAAGGCUUUGCUAUGCUCCAAAAGAUGGGGUACAGAAGCGGCCAGCCUCUCGGCAAAAGUGGGAAGGGAAUAGUGGAGCCCAUUCCUCUGAAUAUUACUACAGGAAGAAGUGGGCUUGGCCAUGAAGAAGUAAAAAAACGAAAAGCUGAGGAAAAGCUGGAAAACUACAGAAAAAAAAUGAAUAUGAAAAAACAAGCGGAGAAGCAGACAACUGACCUCUUCAAAAUGAGACUGAAGACUAAGCAGGAGCAACUGCAAGUAAAACGGGAUCUUGAGAAAAGUCAGAAAGCCUGCCAACAAUUAGAUACACAGAAA